AUGAUGACAAACUGUUCAUCAAUUUGUAUUCCAAUGAAAAAAGAAACGAACGAUAACUGCAGUGAUGAUUGCAAGCAUGUAAUGUGUGAAUGCUUGCAUGAAAGUGCAAGUGAUUGGAAUAGUUUUACAUCAAUUCUGCAAAAAUCGAUUAUCAAUUUCUGCAAAUGUUUCACUGAGCUCGAAAAUCAUCCGAUCGAUUUCACAUGCAAUGGAAAUGAAAACUCUCGAUGA